AUGUCCCUGAAGGACAUUGCUGAGUAUGGCAGCGGAGAAGGCGCAAGCCUGCUGAAGGAGUACAUUGAAUGUGCCUGCAGUGGAGUGAUGGCGUGUUCCACUUGCCAUGUCUACCUGGAUGCGAGCUCCUUCAAGGCCCUUGGCCCAGCGGAUGAGGCAGAAGAGGACAUGAUAGAGCUGGCCUUUGAGCCUGCCGAGACCUCCCGCUUGGGAUGUCAACUGCGGCUCUCGUCCCAGCUCGAAGGGAUGACUGUCACCAUCCCUGGUGGUGCCAACAACAUGUUUGACCACAUCCCCUUCGAGUGA